GAUAUAGACGCUUCGUACAAUUUCGGCUCAUUGCAGCAACGGAAACCAAAAAAAAAAUUCUGUCAACAACGUAACAUAUUUUUGUUUUGACAGCGGGAUGUGUGAAUGACCGGUUGUUGCAAAAGAAGAAUUAAUAUUAUCAAUAACAAAAAUAGAUAAAAUGGUAAGCACAAUUUGGCCACAGAAGUCAGUCGAUUUCAUCUCAUCAGAAAUUGAAAAGACUGAAGUAUAUCGGAAACUUUUGGUUAGACUACAGGAUUUAAUUAUGGAUCCAGAUGUUUCUUGUGAUACUUUGGAGGAUCAAAUGCGAAAUUUAAUAUCAGAAUCUGGAUAUAAGCAGAGAAUUCGAAAUCUGGUUUACCAGUAUAUAGUGAAGGAUCCAAACUUGAGGGAUGAAAUACAGCAAAAGAAAGAACCAUUAGAAUAUAUCCAAAAAGCACAGAUCAAUUGGGAACAUCGCAUCACUAAAAGCUUAAAUAAUAUGUCUAAUGAGCUAAGUUUGGUUUUUUCUCGGAAGCGUCCAGUUUCAGAACAGAUCGAGUUUGAAGCAAAAUGGUCAGAACUUGGUUCUGAAGAUAUGGAUCUGAGCCGAUUCAGACCUGUAUAUUCUCCGAAAGACUUCUUAGAAGUACUGAUCAAUGUCAAAAGUCCUAACAUUGGCACUAUAAUGAACCCUGAUCCUGGCUCUUCUGCAUAUUGGGGCCUUAUUAAAGUACCCCUUAAAGUAAAAAGCUUUCAUCAAUUGAGGCUGCAAUUUGAAGAGAUGGCAGGAAGUACUGACCAUCUUGGACUGAAUAUUCUGCCCUUCUCAAACAGUGAUUGUUCUAAAAAAUGCCUGAAGGAAAGAGUAUCUUUAGGAAAACAUGUAUUGGAAGCUAACCAGGCAACUUUAGCUCGGGAAUUUUGCAAGAAGGGUUGUCCAGCCACCUUGCGAGCCGAUUUGUGGUCUCUUAUUUUGGGUGUAGACAUUUGUGGGGCUCAUAAGCUAAAUUUCAAGCAUCUAAAAUCCUGUGUGUUUCAACAUGAUUUACUCAUUGACAAAUUAAUUUUUAAGGAUAUUCAUUUAACAGCCUCCAAUGAUGAUCAAUACUUUGUGUUUGAAGAUUUGCUUUAUCAGAUAUUAUUAGUUUUCUCUCGAGACACCUCUUUAAUCUCUCACUUCGAUAUCAGCUCUGCAAACCCUCCAAAAGCCAUCCUGAGAGGAACCCACAUGACUGUCACUUACCCACCCAAUGGUGUAAUCCCAUUCCAUGGAUUUUCUAUGUAUGUGGCCCCUCUGUGUUACAUUUAUGAAGAUCCCAUCACUCUAUAUCAUGUCUUCCGCGAGUUGUACGUGAGAUACUUCUUUCGGCUGCAUAACCUUUCAUCUCACCCACAGGGAAUCCUCUCUUUAGCUUUGUCUUUUGAAACUUUGCUGGAUGAAGUGGAACCUCAACUUGCCUAUCAUUUCUCUACACAUGACAUAUAUCCAUUAAAGAUUGCCAUCAAAUGGAUCAUUAAAACAUUCUCUGGGUGCUUAGCGACUGACCAAAUCCUGCAAUUGUGGGAUUGUAUGCUGGCUUAUGACACAACAGAGAUAAUUGUUGUUUUAGCUGUAGGAAUAAUGUCUCUUCGUAAACCAAUUCUUCUUCAAGCAGAAAAUCAAGCUACUGUGGAGAACAUUCUGGCUGACAUCUCUGGGGUGAAAGUGAUUCCAGUCCUGCAUGGCAUGCUUAGCAGUGCCCACCACCACCACCAUGCUUCAACUGCCUUCUCCAGAUGAAAUGUGAUAUAGAGCCUCAUUUGUUUCUAGGUUGCUUACUUUAAAAAUUGCUGGGCAGCACAAAAUCUCCAUUUUUCUACACAUCAGCAGCAAAAUGAAAAUGAUUGUUACUUUUUAACAACACUUUUACGAUGGUUCAGGUUACCAAAAAAAAAUCGUAUGACUUCAUAUAAUCUAUACAGAAAAGCUAGUAGGAAGUUUUGAGCUUUGAAUAUGAGUAUGAUUGGUCUAUUUGAUACUAGCAUUGUUAAUAUCUUAUCUUGUAUAUGUUUUCACUAGCUAUGUGUAUGUAUACAUCUUUACAAAAUAUCUUCCUCUGUAAUUUGUUACAAUCAUGCACCAAGCAUGAAACAGCACCCAAAACAUAUGUCAAUGCAUUUGUUGGGGAUAGGGGAAAAGAAAAAUAUGAAUUGAAGAGCAGAUUACUGAUAAAUGAUAGAAUUGUAAUAUAAUUGACAUAUCCUAUUUUUUUUUUUUUUUUUUUUUUUCCAAAAACUGGACUGAUAUUGCCCAAUACUUACAUCACAGCUGCCUUCUGUGAUAUAUGUAACAUAGCUUCUUAGGCUAAUAAAGCCCUUGGUUUGGAAUUCACCUUGAAUAGGGAUUGUCUGAAACAUACCAAUUAGAAUUAGAAAAAAGAAUGAUUAUGUGGAUGAAAAUGGUUUAAAUGGGAUUUUGAAGUAAAUCACAUAAGACAUCCUCAGAAGUUAAAGGUUAAAAAUGCCUUCACUUUAAUGCAAAUGCAAUAAAAAAAAACAUUGAAAAUCAAAAUUCAAUAAAGAACUUAUUCUUAAAACAGGAAUAGAUUUUUGUCCCUCUGAGAUGUAAUACUGAACUUUCUUUCAUAUCUUCUAAGUAAAUUUUUGAAAAUUUUUCAUGAGCACUAUUAUUAUUUUUUAAAUAUUGUAAAAUAUUUAUCCCUACAAUACUAUCUUUCAAACAAUAUUUGUAGCUUAAAAUUUUCAUGUACAGAUAAUUCAAACUGUAAACUAAAUCCCUAAAAUAGCAUAUGUUGCAAGUACUAAUAAGUUUUCAUGUAUCUGUGUAAAAAUUGGAGAAAACUGCUUAUCAAGAAAUGCAUUGCAGGACCAAAAAAUAUACUUUAUAUUAUAUUUUUAACAUUUAUGUUAUAUUGUAUAUAUUUUACUUAUAUUUUAUAAUAUAUUUUAUCUAUAUUUUAUAAAAACAUAUUAACCCUCAAGCAUACAUGUAGUACCUUUCUGACCCUACCAUUUCUCUUUUAUUGGAAAAAAAAAUCUUCUAAGAAUUUCUUUAAACUUGCAAUUAUUACCCCUUGCAUAUGGGUUAUUCAGAAGAAAGGGGCUAUAAUGAAAUAAAUACAGAAAAAUGGCAUGGUUCAAUUUUUAAUAUGUGUUAGCAGUUUAGCAUUUUAAUAUUGUAGUCGCAUCACACAAUAUAAACUACAUGCAAAAUGUAUUUUAGGUUCAAGUAUUUUUAUUCAGAAAAAUUACUCAUUUUAUGUAUAAUAUAUUUUAUAUCAAUGUAAUUAGUAAAAGGGAAAGAAAAAUUGUUGAAAAAAUUAUUCUUGUUGAAUAUUGUAUUUGUAUAGAAAUACUAUAUAUAUAUACAUCAUUUUUUUCCUUGUUGACAAAUCAAUGAAACUGAGUAACUAUCUAACAGUUUGGGUUCAGAAUUACCAUUCGUGUAUGUGUUUCAAAUUAUUAUUGUGUUCAAAAAAGGGCUGUGUAUGAGCAAAAGUUCAAUGUGUAAAAGUAAUUUGUUUAUUGAUGAAGAAACAAAUGUCUGUUUUAAAUGCAAAAAAAAAUUAUUUUAUUUUAGGAUUAGUUUAUCAUAU